AUGCAGAUUGAACUCAAUGCUUUAGAACAUAACAAAACAUGGUCUCUUGUUGAGUUAUCUCCCACUAAACAACCCAUAGGUUGUAAGUGGGUCUACAAAAUUAAGUAUCACUCAAAUGGCACAAUUGAGCGAUAUAAGGCGAGGCUUGUGGCCAAGGGAUUCACGCAGCAAGAGGGGGUUGAUUACUUUGACAUGUUCUCCCCUGUUGCAAAGCUUAACUCAGUUAGAACACUCCUAGAUGUUGCUGCAGUAAAAGGAUGGCAACUUACUCAACUUGACGUAAAUAAUCCAUUCCUCCGUCCUAUUGCGGCAAAUGCUUGUCAAAAGGCGUUUGUAACUAAUCGUGUGGGGGAUUUUGUGUCAGUGUCGGCCCAGCAGAGUGCUUUCGCCGUUGGUGUUCUUUCCGAUCUCUACGCAUUUCACCGCUCCACCGGAAAUUCCCUCUGCCCCUACCGUACUCCAGCUUGA